GCUUGUGUACUAGUAUGGUAGGUUUGUAAAUAAGUAGUCCAUGGAGAAGGACAACCGGGGGGAAUGUGGAUGGUGAUAAGAAGGUUGCCUAUUAGUUCUGGAGGGAAGCCACAUUCAUGUUUUUUUUUUAAAGCAAGAAGAUAUUCAAAUGUGUGAUCAUGAUUUGUGUAUAUUAGCAGUAGCAAUAAGGAGAGGGGUUGGUUCAUGCCCUGCUGGGGCAGGGAACCGUGACAGAUUGUGGAAAUAGGAAGACAACUGUGAAUAAUUUUGGUAAUGUGUGUUAUCAACAACAGUGAUAUUUGAGGCGCAACACUGGAAUAAGACAUUAGGUCACCCUUAUUCUCCAGUAAUACAUUUGCAGACGCUAUAGUAUUGGUUCUAAUACAAGGUAUCUAGUGCCGUGACCAAUUUAAUAGGCACAUACUGUACCAUAACUACUCGGGGGAAGUGGGUAUCGCUACCUUAGAAAAUAGUUAAUAGAAGGCGUGUAUUAGGGAGUGAGGAUAUCUAAAUACUCUGGACACUGUCGGGAGAGGCUUCGGAGUAAAGAGGGGCUAGAGGAAGAACAGUUUACUAAAAGCUAUAGGGCCGCACAAGCAUUCUACCAAAUCGUCUCGAAUAUGGGAAAAAAUGAGCUAAUUGGUCAGCAUUUCCCUGCUGACGGAAAAUUCCAAUCUAAUAGAGAAUACAGAGUUGCAGGUGUGACUUGGAACAAUGACAUGAAAUAAUAAUCAACGCUCAAUACACCAGCGUUUUGAUGUCGGCAUUCUAUCAACAAAAAAGAAAAACCGAUAAACCCAAAAUUAUGAGAUGUACUCCGCUGCAAGAAGACUGGUUAUGGUUGCAUGACUUCAGCCCCUGAGACUUAGGCCUUGGCUCACUCAUGGUGGAUUCUGAGUUUGUGAUGCGGGUGCCCCCUCUGGAUGGGAGGGAUAUGGAGCUGGAUGUGCUGGGCUUCCUGGACUCUCUGGGGGAGGACAACACCACAGCAGCAGAGAGGUGCUACCGCUCCCACUCCCGCAGCAGUGUCCUGCAGGGCCUGCCUUUUGGAGGGGUGCCCACGGUCCUCGCCAUCAAUGUUGUCCUGUGGCUGUUUCUUUUGCUGAUCUUUUCCUUUUUGAGGAAGGCUGCGUGGGACUAUGGCCGCCUGGCUCUAUUGAUGGAAAAUGACAGUCUCACGUCCCUGUUCUACGGAGAGCAGAGUGAGAAGGAGAAGUCCCCGUCAGAGUCCAGCCCGUCAGACUCAGACACCAAGGACUUGGGCUUCUGCUCUUGGCUUACAACACUUUACCAUAUGAAGGAUGAGGAGAUCAGGAGUAAGUGUGGUGUCGAUGCUACGACCUACCUGUCCUUCCAGCGCCACAUCAUCCUGCUCAUGACUGUGGUCUGCCUGCUGUCUGUGGCCAUCAUCCUGCCUGUCAACUUUUCCGGAAACCUCCUAGGGGAUAAUCCUGAAAAUUUUGGAAGAACGACUGUGGCUAAUCUUUCUGCGAAGGACAGCUUCCUGUGGCUCCACAGUAUCUUUGCUCUGCUCUACUUCAUCAUCACAGUGCUGUGUAUGGCCCACCACUCCUCACGCCUGGAGUACAGAGAGGACGAGAAGGUGGCCAGGACUCUCAUGAUCACCUGCAUCCCCAGAGAGAUCUCAGACCCAGGCCUCAUCACCAAACACUUCCAUGAGGCCUACCCCAGCUGUACUGUCACUGACCUCCGCUUCUGCUUCAACGUACACAAACUGAUGAGGCUUGACUCUGAGAGACGAAAGGCGAUGAAAGGAAGGCUGUAUUUUGCCACUAAGGCCCAGAAGGAGGGGAAGAUCAUGAUUAAGACCCACCCCUGUGCUACCAUCUUCUGCUGUGAUGUGUGCGGCUUUGAGCAGGUGGAUGCAGAGCAGUACUACAGUGAGUUAGAGGAGAAACUGACUGAUGAGUUUAAUGCAGAGAAGCAUCGCAUCUCGCUCAUGAGGCUGGGCAUCGCCUUUGUGACCUUUCGGGACGAAAGGAUGACUGCUGUUAUUGUCAAGGACUAUAGCAGGGUCCGUUGCCGUCAGAAACCCCAGCAGUCAAGCAUCACCACGGUAGUUCAGUCUCACAGGUGGGGUGUAGACUACGCCCCGGCACCAAGCGACAUCAUCUGGGAGAACCUCUCAGUGUGUGGCUCCCGCUGGUGGCUCCGCUGCGUCCUGCUCAACAUCCUCCUCUUCCUCAUCCUCUUCUUCCUCACCACUCCCGCCAUCAUCGUCAACACCAUGGACAAGUUCAACGUCACCCGGCCUGUGGACAGCCUGAGGAGCCCGAUCAUCACUCAGUUCUUCCCUACUCUAUUGCUCUGGGCGUUCUCUGUCCUGCUGCCCUUCAUAGUCUAUUACUCUGCCUUCUUCGAGUCUCACUGGACCAGAUCCAGUGAGAACCAGAUCACGAUGCACAAGUGCUUUGUACUGUUGGUGUUCAUGGUGAUCAUCUUGCCCUCGCUGGGUCUCUCCAGUCUGGAUCUGUUCUUCAGGUGGCUGUUUGAUGUCAACUUCCUGGAAGACAAGGAUGUUAAAUUGGAGUGUGUGUUCCUGCCUGAUAACGGCGCGUUCUUUGUAAACUACGUGAUCACGUCCAGCCUGAUCGGCACGGCCAUGGAGCUGCUGCGCAUCCCAGCUCUGAUGGUGUAUGCUCUGCGUCUCUGUUUGGCCAAGCCCGGGGCCGAGCGCAUCCACGUCAAACGGAGCCAGGCCUAUGAGUUCCAGUUUGGUCUGGAGUACGCCUGGACCAUGUGCAUCUAUGCUGUUAGCAUGACUUACAGUAUCACCUGUCCCAUCAUCAUGCCCUUUGGGCUGCUCUACCUGAUUCUGAAACACAUGGUGGACCGUUACAACAUCUACUAUGCCUACGUGCCCACCAACCUCAACCAGCGCAUCCACACUGCAGCCAUCAGCCAGGUCAUCGUGGCGCCCAUCCUCUGCAUGUUCUGGCUCCUGUUCUUCUCUGUGCUUAGGCUGGGCCCAAUGUGUCCCAUCACCCUCUUCACCUUUGUGUCGCUGCUCUCCUGCCUUGUCUUCUCCCUCUUCGGCCUAUGCCUUAGGAAACAGCCUGACAAGUCAUCAAGCUACCAGAUGUUUGACCAGAUGUCUGCUGACCAGCCAGCACAAGGGGCCUUCACUGAUGCAGAGAGAAGCUCCACCCCCUCCACCACCCCCUCCAAUCUGUUUGUGGCAUCUGUGUUGCUGGAGCCAGAGCUAGGCCUGACCCCCAUGCCCUCUCCAGCUCACCAGAGCUACGGGACCAUGGCCAGCUCCCAGGACAGAGAGGAGCAAGAUGAGGAAGACGACCAGGUUGAAACUGUCGAGACCAAGCUCCAGGACCCUCCAAACCCCUAUUACUCCAGCCCCCUCAUGGACAGCCCAGUGGGCUACCAGUGACUCAGACCCCUAUUACUCCAGCCCCCUCAUGGACAGCCCAGUGGGCUACCAGUGACUCAGACCCCUAUUACUCCAGCCCCCUCAUGGACAGCCCAGUGGGCUACCAGUGACUCAGACCCCUAUUACUCCAGCCCCCUCAUGGACAGCCCAGUGGGCUACCAGUGACUCAGACCCCUAUUACUCCAGCCCCCUCAUGGACAGCCCAGUGGGCUACCAGUGACUCAGACCCCUAUUACUCCAGCCCCCUCAUGGACAGCCCAGUGGGCUACCAGUGACUCAGACCCCUAUUACUCCAGCCCCCUCAUGGACAGCCCAGUGGGCUACCAGUGACUCAGACCCCUAUUACUCCAGCCCCCUCAUGGACAGCCCAGUGGGCUACCAGUGACUCAGACCCCUAUUACUCCAGCCCCCUCAUGGACAGCCCAGUGGGCUACCAGUGACUCAGACCCCUAUUACUCCAGCCCCCUCAUGGACAGCCCAGUGGGCUACCAGUGACUCAGACCCCUAUUACUCCAGCCCUCUCAUGGACAGCCCAGUGGGCUGCCAGUGACUCACCCCCCUCCCUAACCUCCAUACCUUCUCUUAUUUAUAAGAGAGAAAUAUGGUUUUUUUUAAACCGUUGUUUUACCCUCUUCCACAUCCAAGCCCCUCUGACUGUACAAUGUUUGUGAGGGGCCCUUUUGGAUUUUGUCUUUGGAGGUUCUUUGGAACCAAAGGCUGAAAUAGGUUCUUCCCCAGCCCAGUGGGGGAUUCAUCUUAAAGCUGUCAGCAUAAAUAAACAAUACGGAGGAUACUUCAAACAAAUGUGCAUCUGUAGUUUUCUGACUACUUCAUGUCUCCCUUUUUUCCCCUCUAUAAGUGAAUGAACUUUACCAUACUGUAUGUGACCUGACUGGGAAUGACUGUGUAGUGAAGAAGGACACUAUCUUUGUGUACCACUGGGAAAGGAGUAGGGAUGAAUUCCACCAGUUCAGUGGGUUUUAACCCAAUGACCCUACUAGACAGAGUGGUCUUCUGGCUCUGGUGUGGUAGAGCUCUGCGAGGCAGGGUUGCGGGUUGGGAUCAAGCCAUCUGCAGUGGGAGAACAGGACAGACGGAGGGAAGGCAGAGUGGAACUCCAAGCUCUAAAACCCUAUGGAGGAGAAGGGACAACGGGUCUGAUACUAUUGCAUUUAUUGUCAAGGUUCUUGUUUUUGCUCUUCUGUACUGUAAGUUGUAUGUGAUAUUAUUGAGCUGAGGGGCGGGUUGUGUGUAUUGUUUAAUAAUUUAUGUAUAGUGCCAUCCCUUUUAUUAAUGUUUAUCAAUGACUGUUAUUAUGAGAACAUCAUAGUUGUGUUCAGUAGGAGGAAAUGGGAGAAAAGAUUUCAUAACAGAAAACAAAAAGGAUUACUCUUAUUGGACAAGUUCACGUAUCACCUGAAGUCCUCCAUUUUAGAACAUUAUCUCCAAUUUACUUGGGUUUUAAAACAUUGUGCGUAAGGGUCCGGCCGCAGAAAUAGCCUUGAAAAGAUACUAGUAGUACCCUAUUGCAUCAUGGUUUCAGUAGUCCUAACCAGUCGUCCGCUCCACUGCAUGUUGCGAAGUAUAUCUUGUUAUACUCCAUGACCAUCCAUCAAACUAAAGACUCGGCUGAUCUCACUGUUUGACUCAAUCAUACAGUAACCUUUGCUAGUUUUGUAUUGCGAGUGUUUUGCUGCUCGAGAGAGAGCAGGUUUCCAUGCCAAACUGAAUGGAAACUGAUAUUGGUUUGUAAUUGUGCUCUCUUGCUGUGCCUUGAAGAAAAACUCACUAUGUUGCAUGGACUGAACUGAAGAGCAGGGAAAAGCGGGAGACCGAUUCAAACAAACACGCAUAUGUACACAUUCUGGCCAUAGUUCUAUCCAAUGCAUAGCUAUUAUCCUUGAUAGCUAUUAUCCUACUCCCUACUUUGUGUGAGCAGCCAUCUUCCUAUGUAUUGUGUGUCAUACAGUUCCUUCAACCAAUAGACAAGCAGCAGACCUGGGUUCAAUACAGUACAUGCAUAUAAGUAUUUAGUAAAAGUUUUAUUUUCUGUGUAUUUGAGUAUUUUCUAAUGUAGCAUAAUUUAACUACUUAUAUUUGAAGUAUUAGAAAGUAUAUUCUAAUAGUUUCCUAUAAAUAGUCUACUAUUUUGAAAUGCUUAUUUCCAAAUACAUUUAUUUCUAAUAUUUUUUUAAACCUACUGGACAAGGUUCGAAUGCAUGGAGUAUUUAAAUGCACUUGUCUGUGUAUUUGAGGAUUUUCAAGUACAUGCCAAUACUUCCAAAUACAUUCCAAUAUUGAACUACUUAUUUUCAAGGAAAACACAUCGACAUACUUGCUUCAAGAUGGGGCGGCAGCGUAGCCUAGUGGUUAGAGCGUCGGACUAGUAACCGGAAGGUUGCAAGUUCAAAUCCCCGAGCUGACAAGGUACAAAUCUGUCGUUCUGCCCCUGAACAGGCAGUUAACCCACUGUUCCUAGGCCGUCAUUGAAAAUAAGAAUUUGUUCUUAACUGACUUGCCUAGUUAAAUAAAGGUAAAAAAAAAAAAAAAAAAAUGUCUUUGAAAGUAGUUGAAAAAGUAUUUGAGCCCAGGUCUGACGAGCAGUGUGCUCCACAGACCACUGAGCUAAUGAUGUUCACUCAUUAUGUGCAGACUGUAUUUGCUAGUCUUAUGGGGGUUUUCAAUGGAAGCAUUUGGAUUGUGGUGCCUUGUUGUCGGUGUCUUUGCAGUUUCUAACUGCUGUAUUCUGUGAUCAUAUAUUCAAGCUCUUUGUCGAUGAUAUAAUGGGAUUUGAAAGUUGAUUCUCUGGUGUCUUUUCCCUUCCUAUGAUUUGAUUAUAAGCUGUAGUUACAGUACCAGUCAAAAGUUUGGACACACCUACUCAUUCAAGGGUUUUUCUUUGUUUUUACUAUUUUCUACAUUGUAGAAUAAUAGUGAAGACAAAAACUAUGGAAUCAUGUAGUAACCAUAAAAGUGUUAAACAAAUUCUUCAAAGUAGCCACCCUUUGCCUUGAUGACAGCUUUGCACACUCUUGGCAUUCUCUCAACCAGCUUCAUGAGGAAUGCUUUUCCAACAGUCUUGAAGGAGUUCGUAUAUAUGCUGAGCACUUGUUGGGUGCUUUUCCUUCACUCUGUGGUCCAACUCAUCCCAAACCAUCUCACUUGGGUUGAGGUCUGGUGAUUGUGGAGGCCAGGUCAUCUGAUGCAGCACUCCAUCACUCUCCUUCUUGGUCAAAUAGCCCUUACACAAACUGGAGGUGUGUUAGGUCAUUGUCCUGUUAAAAAAAAAAUGAUAGUCCCACUAAGUGCAAACCAGAUGGAAUGGCGUAUCGCUGCAGAAUGCUGUGGUAGCCAUGCUGGUAUAAGUGUGCCUUAAAUUCUAAAUAAAUCAGUGUGACCAGCAAAGCACCCCCACACCAUCACACCACCACCUCCAUGCGUCACGGUGGGAACCACAUGACAUCAAGGCAAAGGGUGGCUACUUUGAAGAAUCUCAAAUAUAAAAUAUAUUUGGAUUUGUUUAACACUUUUUUUGGUUACUACAUGAUUCCAUUUGUGUUAUUUCACAGUUUUGAUGUCUUCACUAUUAUUCUACAAUGAAUAACCCUUGAAUGAGUAGGUGUGUCCAAAAUUUUGACUGGUACUGUAUGUUUGUCAUUUUGUCAUCAUUCAUAUAUUUUGGUUUUUCCUGAGCCCAAAGGAAGCUACAGAAUGUAUAUAAUAGUACUCCAAAAUUCAAACGCUAAAAUUGUCAACCUAAGAAAUGUCACCCAAAGUUACAUGUCCAGUGUACUUUAGUGCAGCCCUGUGAAGGUUGUCAUUUUAUAGUCCUUGAAGUAUAUUCUUGAUAUACCCUGUCUUUUUGAAAUAGUGUUUGUCAGAAGUGAUUUUGAGAAACGGAGGGAAUAUUAUAGGAUAAAAGUACUGUGUCUCAUAAAAUCAAAGUUAUUUGUUUGAUUUGAGGGGGGAAUAGAAUUGUGUUUUAUGAACAAAUGUUCAGCAUAACAAGAAACCAACCUUUUGGCCACACACAAACUGUGUAGGCCUAGGCUACCAUCUGAGAUGUUCAUAGUGGAGAGCACCACAGUAAAACCAGUUUGAAUAGAGAAACCCCAACCCAGAAAUCCCCUAAGCUCACCAAAUGUGUGCUCUGGAUUUCAGCUUCAGCAUGUUUCACAGGUCAUACAGUUCUUUAACAUGUACUUAUAGGAAAAUAAUAAUCUUUUUUUAAUGAUGGUCACAACGGUUGAUUCCAUUUCAUUUCAGGUAAUCGUGCAAACAUCAAAAAGUUAAAGAAUCAAACUUUCUUCAUGUCCCAAUAACCAUGCGAGGAGGAAAUGUACUUGUAAAACCCACAGAUUUGAUGCUAAAUGAGCUCUAUUGUUCCUCUGUCAUUUGUGCUCAUACAUCAGACGCUCUUCACAUGGUUGCUCCGGCUCUGUUUUGGGAAUACAGUGGUUUUCCAGACUUUGCUCAAGCUCUUAUUUUCAUCCUUUACGGGAAACUGGUGUGUCCUUUCUGAAAUACUACUUAUAGAUUUCUCUGAAGCAUUUACUUUCGCAGGGAAAUAAAGUAAAACUAACAUUAUGUCAUCUUGA